AUGGAUCUAUUCAAGGGGAUCGUUGUGAGUUCAGUCGGCAAAUUUAAAGAAAGUGAGAAAGUCGAAAAGUGGGUUCGGGCCAAUGGUGGAGCUUUUGAUAGCAAAAUCACCUCCAAUACCACCCAUCUCAUUGCUACUGAACAGGCAUAUUUGGAGAAAGGAACAAAAGUUGAGGAGGCCAAAAAUAUUGGAACAAUCAAUAUUGUUUCCUACGAUUGGCUUUUGGAGUCCCUUGGUUCGAAAAACCACCGACCUAAGGCUGCAAAGCCUUUUCUCUGGGAAGCUAUUAUCAGAAAGAAAGCCAGAGAUAAUGCCAAAGAGCGAUUCAAGAAAGACCCGGAAACGGAGCUGCUGAAGAAAGUUGUCGGAUCUCGAGUUGUCAAAAACCUUCUGGCAAAUGUGAUUUACAUCGACUCAGGCAACCACAUCUGGUCCGUAGAUAUUGUUAGGCUAAUGGAGAAGCCAAACUACCGUGAAAAGUUUACAUUGGCAGUCUUUGAAUGCAAUUCCUUGAAAAAUCGCACCUACUCAUGCUAUGCUAAGUACAACCGCAAGGGUAUUUCAGCUGUGGAAAUAUUGGCUCCUCGCAAAAGCGACAUUUCUCUGGCUAUUACUACAUUCAGGGACUUUUACAAACUCAAGACUGGAAAGGAGUGGGAAAACCGUGAUGAUGGGAAACAGCCACUUCCUAUGACCGAUACAGAUGGCAACAUUCUCCCCGCCCAUGAAGGAUGGUGGAUUCAUGAAUUGAAGAAGAAAAGCCCCAUUGUUGCAUAUUUGUCCGACACAGUCGCCGCAGUAGACCCGAGCACUUCGUCUAUUACAGACUUGAAAGCCACCUCCCCCGAAGAAGCAGAACCCAGCACUUUUUCUAUCGCGAUCUGGCAAGCCGACCCUUCCGAAGAAAAGAAUAGCCGGGAGGAUUGUGUCGCUGCGGCAGAGCCCAUAGUUUCGUCUGCCGCAGACUUGGAAACUGUCUUUUUUUAG